AUGAGGGCUAGGAAAGGGCGAGUCCGAAAUGAAUGCGUUGCUUUGGGUGGACGUGCUCCUCUAACUGACAUAGCCACCUCGUUGAAUGUGGAUCUUGAUCAUGUUGAACGAACAGCACAAAAACUUGUGGAUGAGAAAGUUGGCUUUACAAUAUCGGGAGGAGAGCUUUUUGCAGAGGAGUACGUCACCAAUCUGCAAUCGGAGCUUCGCGUUCUUCUCCAGGAACACGGUUUUCAAACUCUUUCUUCAUUGUGCAAACAUUGGAACUUGUCUCAGGAGCUUCUUCGUUCUCUGUUGUUGGACCAUCUCUCAAGUGACUUUGAUGGGUUGAUAGAAGGUGACACUAUAUAUACCACCGACUACCUGAACUGCCGGAAGAAUUUGUUGCGGGCCAUAAUGGCAUCUAUAACCAAACCCCUACCCAUCACUGCAAUACAAGCUCGGGUUGGUCUACCCAUUGGCCGAUUCUGGUGGGCAUUUGAUUCACUAAUGGAAUCAGAGGAGAACGCUUUUCGUCAACAGGAAUAUAUACAAACCGGUGUGCUCAAGAAACUCGGCCUGAGUGAAGGCAGUGGUUCGAAAAAUGGUCAAGUUGAGCAGAUUCUCAAAGAAGGCGAUAAAAGCUUGAAAUUCCAAGCACUGCCUUCUAUCCUGCUGUCGAUGCCACUAUUCCAACAAUGCUUGAGCACAGUCAAG